AUGGCUGCGCCAAGGACGCCGAGCACGGCGCCGCCGCCCAUCCACCUCCACUCGCGCGUCAAAGUCUCCAACCUCGGACAUGGCGAGGUCCUCUUUGUCGGUCAGACCUCCUUUGCUGCCGGCGUGUGGGUCGGCAUCGCGCUCGACAAUCCCAACGGCAAGAACAACGGCUCCGUACAGGGCAAGCGCUACUUUGAGUGCGACGACGGCUAUGGUGUCUUUGUGCGUUCGAGCCAGGUGCACGUUCUUUCGCCCGAGGAAGAGAUGCACAGCGUCGAUGACGAGCCAGUCGCAAGUCCGGCCCCUGCUCCACGCGCAACACGCCCAUCUGCUGCAGCCACACCGUCAGCCGCCGCCGCAGCGCGUCUCAGCCCUCGCAAGAAUCCAGCCGCCACACCCGCCAGGCCAGCAGCAUCGCGCUCGAGCCUAGCACCGGGUGCGACGCCGGCUUCGGCUGUGCGUAGAACUAGCGCCGUCAGCACAGCAAGCGCGUCUUCGUCAGCGUCGUCAUCGAGGCCACCAACUGCCGCCGGCGCUGCGGCUCGCCUUGGCUCCCCCGUCAAGAGCACCACGGGCAUGCGCUCGCCAGUCAAGCCCGCUGGUAUCGACUCUCGAUCCGGCCGUUCGUCUGUCUCAUCCACUUCCGUACGUUCGACAACCACGAGCGCGCUCGCAAGUCGCACAGGCUCCCCAAGUACCCCAGCCGCCGCUGCGCGUACCGUCAGACCCUCCAUAAGUGCUUCAUCCGCAGCCACACCAGCCGCCAGGACAGCCGCUGGGCUGACACGCACCACAGCAACUGCAAGGACACCGGCAGCAUCGACCUCCUCUGCCGCCGCUAAACCGCAGACGCCCUCGGCUGCAAGAGCCGGCCUACGUCCCGUUCCAACAAGCCGUCCAUCGAUGCUAUCGGCCGGUGCCCGCACCGCAACUUCAAGCCCCAGCGUCACAUCAGCUGCCCGAAUCGCCGCAGCCCGCUCUGCGACCGCCUCGGCGCCUAUUUCGCGCACUGCGAGCGCAGCGGGCACGGCUUCGCGCACGGGCAGUGCGCUCGGUCCUUCUCGUCUCGGUCCCAGAAGCUCUGCGGGAAGCGCCGUGAGCUCAGGGCGUACGAGUGCUUCUCAGCGUCUUCUGGACGAAGAGGAUGCCGUUCUCUACAACGACGAUCUCGAAGACGGCGAUGCAAACCUCCUCGUCUCCGAGUCUCCCCUCGACGGCGAAGAUUUAGCUGCCUCGCAUGACGAUGGCAUCGACGUGGACGAGGCCGACCAGACCAUCUCAGCUGCCACUGCCCCGGAUUCAACACUCAAGUCCACCAAGCUGCUCAACAAGUCGACGCGCGACUUUAUGAGCCUCGUCGAGCCGUCGGCCUCGAGCUCGGCGCUGCGCUCGUCCGCCGAAUUCGGCGCGCUCCAAAAGGAGCUCGAGGAACUGCGUGCCAAAGUGCGCGUGCUCGAGAAGAAGCGCGACGAUGAGCGCAGCCAGAUCGCCGAGCUUGAAAAGACCAGGGAGGAGGCCGAACGCUCGAUCGCCGCGGUGCCCAAGCUGACUGCCAAGGUGCAGGAUCUGCAGGCGGAGCUCAAGGAUCAGCGCAAGCUCGAAAAGGACUGGAGCAUGCAGAAAGACGACUUUGAACGCCAGCUUGCCAGGCUCAACGACGAGCUCGAGUCGCUCACGCUAGAUCGCGAGAUGGCGGAAGAAAAGGCCGAGACGGCGGCGCUCGAGGCGCAGGAGCACCUGCUCUCGCUCGAGACCGCCAAUGCCAAGAUCGCAGCCAUGGAGAAGGAUCUCAAUCCGCACCUGCUCCGGCGCCACACCGAAUCUGGUGAGCCUGGAGCCGAGGGCGCCGAGUACGACGCCGAGGAGGGGGCCGAGUACUCGGCGGCGGCCGAGCUUGUUCAGCGCGAGAACGACCAGCUGCGACGCGUGCUGCGCGAUCUGCGCGACCGCUCCAACGAGAUCGAAGGCGAGCAGCGGCGCAAGAUCAUCGAGCUCGAGCGCGAGAACGCCGAGCUGAUCGAGCUCAACUCGACCAACGACUCGCUGCUGCCCGAGCUCGAGAAUGCCGAGUCGAUGAUCGAGGAUCUCAAGCUGCAGCUCGACGAUGCGCUGGGCGCGCAGGAUCUGGUGGAGCAGCUCACGGAGCGCAACCUGCAGCUGAGCGACGUGGUCAAGAAGCUGCGCGACGAGAUCGUCGAGCACGAGACCAUCGCCGAGAUCAACAACGAGCUCGAGGAGCAGCAUACGAUCAACGAGAAGGAGCUGCGCGAAGAGGUGGACCUGUGCGAGUCGCGCCUCCGCGAGCUGGUGGCGCACAACGAGGCGCUCGAGAACAAUGCGGUCGACUACCAGAAUACGUUUGGGCAGUUCCGCGAGCUGGUGUCGAACCUGCAGGCGGAGCUGGAGGCGGCCAAGGCGGAGCAGGCCGAGUAUGGCGGAGCCGAGGGCUCGGGACGCAAGCAGAUGGCGGACCAGGCCAUGCUCAACCUCAACCUCAAGCUGCAGUCGAGUGCGCUCAAGAGCCAGGCCAAGACGAUCGAUCUGGAGCUCGGACGGCUGCAGGCGGCGCAGGCUUCGUCGCACCUCGAGAUGGUGCGCACCUACCUGCCUGCGGCGUACUUUGAGGCGGACGCCGACGCGGUCAACUGCCUGCUCUUCUUCCGACGCAUGGCGGUCAAGAGCGACCUGAUCAAGACGAUCGUCGAGACGAACCACGACAUCCACGAGAGCCUGUCGGGCAUUGUGCCCGAGGCGAUGGUGGGCGUGUGCCAGAUGCGCCAUUCGAUUGCGCACUUCAGUGCGCUGUCGCAGCAGAUUGCGGCGGUGCUGCGGCUUGCUCCGCCGGAGGUGUUUCUGCGAGGUGGACGCAUGUACCGAGAAAACAUGGCGAUCGAGCGCAAGGUGGAUACGUUCAUCGGCGCGCUGCGCCGCGAGGAGCUCAAGGAGCACGAGUGCGGGCUCGAGUUCGCGCGCUUCGUCAAGCAGUUCGAGGAUUUCACCAUGGCGUUGGGCGGCGACGAGAACGACAGCGACCUGGCCGCCAAGGAGGUGGGUUCGGCCAACCUCAUCGACCACGAUCUGGACACGCUCAUCGCCGCACUGGGCUAUGCCAAGCAGCAGCUGGCGCAGCUGUAUGCCGACGACGACGUCGAGUGGGAGCUGGCGGGCCGGAGCAUCGAGGACGACCUGUUCGAUCCGCUGCAGGAGCUCAUCACGCGCAUCCGCAACACCAAGGUGCUCACGCGCAAGGUGCUGCGUCGGCUGCUCAGCCUGGCGGACAACGACGAGGCGGUGCGCAUGGAGGCCAUCAUGCAUCUUCCGCCGCUCGGCCGCGUCACGUCGCAGCUCGUCACCUUCGCCACGCUGCUGUGCAAGGCCGUCGCCGCGUACGUCGGCGAGGUGCGCACAGCCAAGGUCGCCUUCGACAUGACGCGCGUCCUGGACAUGGUGGGUGGCGCCACCGAGGAAGGGCUGGGCAAGCGCGAUGUCAAUCUGUGGAGCGGCCCUCUGGAGUCGACCACGCACCUGGCUUCUACGAUGCAGACCGUGCUCGGCGCGAUCGUGGAGCAGGAGAACGUGAUGCGGAUCAGCGGCUCUGGGCCGUGGCUAUCGCGUGCAGAGGAGAUCAAGACGCAGGCGGCGCAGAAUCCAGAGCUCGAGCGGCAGGUGAGCAAGCUGGGCGAAGACGCGCGCGACUUGCUGCGGCAGGUCAAGGCGCGCGACCAGGCUUUGCAGGAGGGCGCGAUCAAGAUCGAGCGGCUUUCGAAGCAGCUCGACCGCUCACGGGCGCAGGUGGACGAGCAGAGCGAUGUGCGCACCACUUUGGGUGAGGUGCAGCGCCAGGCAUCCGCGUACCAGGAGGCGAACGACGCGCUGCAGACCGAGAUUGAGGCGCUGCAGAAGGACCACGAUGCACUGAAGCUGCAGCUGGCCGCGGCGACCGAGGCUGCGGGGGCGAGCGCGGUGGAGGGCGAGCGCGAGCGCGGUGGUGGCGUGCCAGCCAGGGUGGAGGGUGCAGAGGCAGCAGCGUAUACGAGUCUCGAGACGUCGUUUCUGGUGGGACAGCUCGAGGCGCUCAAAGGUGCACUGCGCCACUUGCGGCGUGAAAACGCGGCGCUCAAGGGCAACAAUCUGGUGCAACAGAUGCAUGCUCUCCCUCGCCUACCCAAGCCGCUGCCAAAGCCCGAUGCUGCGGUGGAAGUCAAGGUGGGUGAGCCGGUUCAGCGUACGACGCACCGCACCAAGGUGGCCAAGACCUCCGCACGGACCGAGGCAAGCCAGGUGUAUUCGAGCGCGCUCAGUGCCUUGGCGUUGUCGAACGUGGUUGACCUUACCCCGCUUACGCGCCGGGUCGAGGGCGAAGCGAAGCGCACGCGGGCGUGGGUGCCGUACGACAAGCAGCCGCAAGUGCAGCUCGAACAGCAUGCACUCACGCGUGCGCGCUUGGUCAAACAGCUCGCAGCUGCCUCGCACAGACUCACUCCACACGCACUAGCCACCUAG